CUGUUCCCUCCCCUUCCCUCCCUUCCGAAACCUGAUCCAGCUGAGGGACUGAUUGCUGGAAAACUUGGCGGCUCCCCAACCCCGGGUGGCUGGGGAAUCCGAGGCUGCAACCUCAGAAGGUGCCAGGGAGGCAAGCUGGCUGGGGCAGGAGGCUGGCAAAGGGCUGACAGGCUGGCCCUUGUUGGGACACACCCUGAGCGGCCACUCGGAGGCCCUCCCAUGCGUGUGAAGCUCGCCAUGCUUCCGUGGGUCCUGCUUGUCCUGCUCCUCCCCACAUUCCUGGCGCAGGGAGAAGCCAGGCGGAGGGGGGGCCUCCAGGGCCGAAACACCACCAGGCCCGCGCUGCUGAGGCUGUCAGAUUACCUCCUGGCCAACUACAAGAAGAGUGUGAGGCCCGUGCGGGACUGGAGGAAGCCAACCACCGUAUCCAUUGAUGUCAUUGUCUACGCCAUCCUCAACGUGGAUGAGAAGAACCAGGUGCUGACCACUUACAUCUGGUACCGGCAGUACUGGACCGAUGAGUUUCUCCAGUGGAGCCCUGAGGACUUUGACAACAUCACCAAACUGUCCAUCCCCACGGACAGCAUCUGGGUCCCAGACAUUCUCAUCAAUGAGUUCGUGGAUGUGGGAAAAUCUCCAGAUAUCCCGUAUGUGUAUGUCCGGCAUCAUGGCGAGGUCCAGAACUACAAGCCCCUCCAGGUGGUGACCGCCUGUAGCCUUGACAUCUAUAACUUCCCCUUCGACGUGCAGAACUGCUCACUGACCUUCACCAGCUGGCUGCAUACCAUCCAGGACAUCAACGUCUCCCUGUGGCGCUUGCCAGAAGAGGUGAAGUUCGACAAGAGCGUCUUCAUGAACCAGGGAGAGUGGGAGCUGUUGGGGGUGCUGCCCCAGUUUCGGGAAUUCAUGGAAAGUAGUCACUGCUAUGCAGAAAUGAAAUUCCAUGUGGUCAUCCGCCGGCGGCCCCUCUUCUACGUGGUUGGCCUGCUGCUACCCAGCGUCUUUCUCAUGGUCAUGGACAUCAUGGGCUUCUACCUGCCCCCAGACAGUGGCGAGAGGGUCUCCUUCAAGAUCACCCUCCUCCUCGGCUACUCAGUCUUCCUGAUCAUCGUGUCCGACACGCUGCCGGCCACCGCCAUCGGCACUCCCCUCAUUGGUGUCUACUUUGUGGUGUGCAUGGCUCUGCUGGUGAUAAGCUUGGCCGAGACCAUCUUCAUUGUGCGGCUGGUGCACAAGCAAGACCUGCAGCAGCCCGUGCCUGCCUGGCUGCGGCGCCUGGUUCUGGAGAGACUCGCCCCACUGCUUUGCCUCAGGGAGCAGUCAACGUCCCAUAGGCCCCCAGCCACCUCUCAAGCCACCAAGACUGAUGACUGCUCAGCCAUGGGAAACCACUGCAGCCAUUUGGGAGGACCCCAGGACCUGGAGAAAACCCCCAGGGCCAGAUGCAGCCCUCCCCCCCCACCACGGGAGGCCUCACUGGCGGUGAGGGGCCUGCUGCAGGAGCUGGCGUCCAUCCGGCACUUCCUGGAGAAGCGGGAUGAGAUCCGGGAGGUGGCCCGGGACUGGCUGCGUGUGGGUUCUGUGCUGGACAAGCUACUCUUCCGCACCUACCUGCUGGCGGUGCUGGCCUACAGCAUCACCCUGGUCACGCUCUGGUCCAUCUGGCAGUAUUCUUAAGUGGGUGCAGCCCAGCAGGGGAGAAGAGCAUCAGGCCACUUAGGGAUGGAGAGGGAGGAUGUCUGCUUCGGUCCUUAAGCGGCCAGGGGAUGGCAGGCACAGUCUCAAGAUACAGAUUACAGUCCCGUCCUCCAUUUCCGAUGCUAACUUGGCUCAGCAACCCCAAGCCAGGAUCUGAAAUCUUCCCUCCCGAAGAGUUCAGGUAUUCAAGACCCUUACAACAUUUUCCCACUCACAACUGCUCAUUGUGGCUUUGAAACAUGCAAUCCUAGAUCAGGAGAAACCCAAACAUUUCCUAACUUCACUCU